AUGGCACCUUCCUCACGAACAAAUCGUCGCCAACAAACAAAGCAACAACCAACAUUGUCGUCUUUCAGUCGCAUCUCGAAAAGCGUUACUGUAACGAGCACCACGAAACCGAAGUCGACCGUCGCGAAAGAGCUCGCCCUCACCAAGCUUGAAAAUGAUCGGAAACCCGAGCGCUAUGUACCGAAGACUACAAAGUCGUCCAACAAGCAAAGGAAGAGGGACUGGUCGGACAGCGAAGAUGACUCUGCAGAGGUUGUCGAGUUCUUCAGCUCGUCAAAGCGCGUCAAAGUGCAGCUUCCGACGCCGCCCAAAUCACCGAACAGGAAGCGCGUCUUGGUGGUCGCCCGCCCUGCUGACGCUCAGGAGCUUGUCUCGAUCUUCAGCGCAGUUCUGAAGGCAUUUGCGCUGCAUCGAGCACACAAUGGGCCGGCAACUCCUGCUGAACUGAGCGCACUACUUGAAAGUGUGACUCGACUAUACCAAAGAAGAUCAGUCACGGUCAUUGAUCUACAGCGAAUCUUGGGCGUGUUUGAACAAGACGAAAACACAGCCGAAGCGACCCAGCAAGUACGACACGUACGUGGUCCAUUCCAGCUGAAGAUUGUUGGCAUAGGCUCGAACCGACGACAACUACUUGAGCUCCAACAGAGUGCGGACUUCUCGGAACGAAACUUGCAGAGUCAAUUUGAGUCUCAGCUCGACAUACUCUUGCAGCGGCAUGGCCGAACAGUGCAGGAUGUUCCGCUUCUGGCCUUCGAAAUGGGUGCGCAAACCACCAUGCGGCAGAACAAGGCGUCGGAAACACUGAAGCACAUCCUGUCAGGUCGCAAGGCGGAGUUAUCAAUGGACGAGCUUUCCAUUUCGGAUGGCGGCGAAAAUUCGAGUGUGACGAUCAAGUCGCGAACAUUGUCACUGUUCGAUCGAGUCAAAGCAAAGCAGCUUGCCACCGCUGCCAUCGACACUCCAAGCGCUGAAGUACUUCGCCGCAAACAUGCUGUCGCUCGUAUGGCGGAGGUGGUCGAGAUCUUGCGAAUGAAACAACAGCAGAAGCUUGGAGGUUACAGCGGUGCCGGUGCUGGUGGGAAAGUCUCAUUCGCGUGGAAGCAACUCUUGAGCGAACUCAGAGCCAGCAUGGCGAUUCCGAUGGGUGACGAUGAGCUCAAGCUGUGCUUGGAGAUUCUCUCAAAAGAGGUGAACGAUGGAUGGUGCACAAUAUUCGAGCUGGGAGCUACUAAGAGCGUGGUCUUGAUGGGUACUCCGAGGAGUGGUUCAGAGAUUGUGAAGGCUCUAAAGGCAUGA